AUGGAAAGAUUUGUCAAAAACAGCUUUUGGAUCACAUUGAUCAAAGAGCACCUCUUUACUUCAAAUGACACCGAAGUGUAUGCGUGGAACGAACAAGAGGAGUUUGAGAGUAAAGACCCUCUGACUUAUGCCAAUAUUAUCUUGAAUGAAUGGAACGAUAAAAGCAAUAAAAGCAAUCCGAAAAAUUGGUCAAUAUAUUACAAGAUGUUCUUCAGUCUAGAAAUUGGCUUCCUUAGUCUCUCUGUAUACAUUGCACUGGCAAUAUACACACCCGGUGUGCCUCAGAUCAUGAAAGAGCUCGAUGUAAGCCAGGAAGUUGCAACAUUACCGUUGACGAUGUUUGUUGUUGCUUACGGCAUAGGACCCAUGAUACUUUCACCUAUAACCGAAUACUAUCCAAUUGGUCGAAAUCCUGUUUACAUCGUCACACUAUUUAUCUUUGCAGUCCUUCAAAUUCCAACGGCGAUGUGCACAGACAUAGCUUCAUUAUGCAUACUAAGAUUUAUUAGCGGUUUUUUUGCGUCGCCAGUUCUAGCAACAGGCGGAGCAUCUGUCUGCGACGUUAUACUGGUGCCUUAUAUGCCCGUUGUUAUUGGCAUUUGGGCCAUUUGUUCUUUAUGUGGUCCUUCAUUGGGUCCAUUGAUUGGAGCAGUUUUGAUCGAUAAGGGUGGAUGGCGCUGGACCUUUUGGUUUAUUUUAAUUAUUUCAGGAAUUUCUUUUGGUGUCUUAGGAUUCUGCUUGCCAGAGACCUAUGCACCUACCUUGAUGUAUAAAAGAGCCAAGAAAUUGAGGAAAUUCACAGGAAACGAUGCGAUCAGAAGCAUUGAUGAGCUUCAAGAGAAAAUUUUGGCCAAAAAUAAGAUUCUAGUGAAGUAUCUUUGGAGACCUAUUGAAAUAUCCAUCAUAGAGCCUGUCGUACUCUUAAUUAACAUUUACCUGGCGUUAGUGUACUCUGUUCUCUAUUUGUGGUUCGAGGCCUUCCCUAUUGUUUAUCUUGACAUUUUCGAUUUCUCUAUAGUGGAAGAAGGUGCUUGUUUCUCAAGUUUAUUGAUUGGUGUGAUACUUGGUUCCAUCUGCUAUGUUACCUUCAUUUAUUUUAAAUUUACCCUCAAGCUUUUGAGACAUGAGACUGUUUAUCCAGAAGUAUUUACGCCAAUGGGUAUUGUUGGAGGAAGUCUUUUACCCUGCGGAUUAUUUAUUUUUGCAUGGUCUUCAACGAGGCAAGUUCAUUGGAUCGGCUCGCUUAUUGGCGCUGUCAUUGCAGGCUAUUCUAACUUUGUCAUCUUCCAAACAUUGCUAAAUUAUUUGGGUAUGUCUUUUCCAAAAUACGUAGCUUCAGUUUUCGCAAGUAACUGCUUGUGGAGAUCUGUUAUAGCAGGUGUUGCCCCAUUGUUUGCUGAACCAUUAUAUAAUAAUCUAGCAACCCCAAGUUUUCCUGUUGGAUGGGGCUCCACGAUCUUAGGUUUAAUUGCACUAUUAAUGAUUUCCAUUCCUGUUUUAUUUUACCUCAACGGACCAAAAUUAAGAGCUAGAUCAAGGUUUGCCUCGAAUAUCUGA